ACCGUCCCUUCAUACCUCGCGUGGCCAACGGCUCUUCUCCACCGAUCGCUCGUUCAUUGAAUUACUGUUUUCAGCCUGUUCAGCGCGAUUUACUGCACUAAUCUGGAACCAACCAGGCCGGACUAGCUCAUUUAACAUCUGUUGUUUUGCACACACUUUUCCGGCCUUCUUUUCGUCUGACUGCAGCGUUGAGGCUUGCUUUCCUGGUCUCGCUGGCUGGGUUUGGUCGGGGAGGCAGGGGAAGUACGAAGCUGCUCCCGAGCUAUGAUGGAGCUAGAGUCGGCCAGUGGCAGAGGCGAGCUGGGGGCUGUGGGGGACUCGCUGCAGCCACAGACUCCCAGCAGGCACGAGAAGAGCCUGGGACUCCUCACCACUAAGUUUGUGACUUUACUACAGGAGGCGAAGGACGGAGUGCUGGAUCUGAAAGCGGCUGCAGACACCUUGGCCGUGCGGCAGAAACGACGAAUCUAUGAUAUCACUAAUGUGUUGGAAGGAAUUGGAUUGAUCGAGAAGAAGUCCAAGAACAGCAUCCAAUGGAAGGGCGUAGGUCCAGGAUGUAACACCAGAGAGAUAGCCGACAAGCUGAUCGAUCUGAAGGCCGAGCUAGAUGACCUGGCUCUGAGGGAGAAUGAGCUGGACCAGCAGAGAGUCUGGGUCCAACAGAGCAUCAAGAACGUGACAGACGACUCUAACAACAGCCCUAUGGCGUAUAUAAAACAUGAUGACCUCUGUGGAGCCUUCAAAGGUGAUACACUCCUAGCGAUCCGUGCUCCCAUCGGCACACAGCUGGAGGUCCCCAUCCCAGAAUCGAUCCUCAACGGACAAAAGAAAUACCAGAUCCGUCUCAAGAGCUCAUCAGGUCCCAUCGAGGUCCUGCUGGUCAAUAAGGACCCCUCCAGUGCCUCUCCCGUUGUUUUGCCCGUCCCUCCUCCAGAUGACAUCCUUCAAAGCCUCCCAGCGCUGACACCUACCUCUCAGACGCCCACUGCUGCCCCCCAGGUCUCUAAAGCAGCCUCUAUAAAACCUGCUCCACCCUCGGUUACAGCAUCCAACCAGACAGCCUCAGUGACGGAAGUGACGAGCACCACGCCACUCACGCCAACAACAGACACCCCCGCUACAUUAACUCAGCAGCUCCAGUCUUCUGCCUCUUUGGACGGAUCUGUGUCAGCUCCUGCCUCUUCACUGUUUGAACCUAUUAAGUCAGAUCCCUCUGAAUUGCUGGACUUUCCCAAAGAACUCUCAGAUAUGUUUGAUCCAACAAAAGAGAUGAUGAGUGGAGACCUUUUAGACGACUUGAUGUCAUCAGAAGUGUUCUCGCCACUCCUCCGUCUGUCCCCCCCGCCCAGCGACCACGACUACAUUUACAACCUGGACGAGACAGAAGGGCUCUGCGACCUCUUCGACGUGCCCAUCCUUAAUCUCUGACCCCUAAAAAUAUUGUCAAGACUUGCUAAUCUACCCUAGUGUGGCCCCUCGCUUACAGUGGAGGUGCGAAGAGGUGCAGGAAAGCCAAUAUGAUGAUGCGCGUUCAAGGACACCUCUGCACCGACACGAUAAGCUGAGCUCAGUCAGACAGUAGCUCCUUGUACAGCCUCGUGAAGAAACACAGGCGAGAACAAAACAUUUUUACUUACUGCCUUCUCAAGGAAACAGUCAAAACAAAUGACAGAUAUUUCUAUUUUUAGAUCGUUAUGUAUGAUAAAAACGUCAUGUUUGUAUAUCAGCUUUCCCAUGUGCUUGUGAGUGACUGGAGUUUGCAUACCUGUGCGUCUGUGUGUGCUUGAGUUUUGUAUUGAAUGCUCUCUUGUGAGAUGUCUCCAGCAGAAAAAGAGAAACCCUUUUCCUGUCAGGUAAAGAGUCCCGGCAGACUAACGGAGCCGCUCACGCAUGGCUCGAGUCCAAACACCGCUGGUUAAAUAUGCACUGUCCUCAUGUACAUAGAGAAUAUAUAUUUUGUAUUACCAGCAGAUCACAAGACUAUUGUGUGAUAAUGAACUACAUUUUCAACACCGGCAGAGCAAUAGUUUGCAAAUAAACGAAGGUUCCAGACACAAAUAAUCAUUCAUGAAGUGCUUUGUUUUGAAAUAUGGGAAUUUAUCUUCAUCAAACCUGUCAAAGUUUAAAGUGUUUUUGUGAACCAGUUAGAGAAAGAGGACAUUUAUUAAGUGUAGUUACUGCAGCUAACACACUUUGUGACACAAAGAGCCAAGGACCAAAAUGAUGCAGGGAUGUAGUGGAGGGUUUAAGAAAUGUACGUUUUUAUAAAUAAAUACUUUUUAGAUCAAGGAGUUUAUUUAAAUGAAUGUCUCCUCCAACUGGUUCAAUAGUGCCACUGCUGCUACGACAGGUCUGAUUUUGUAACAACUGGAACACGUCAUAAGAAAAGCUUUUCCCCCCCUCGCCAAAAUGAUUUCAAUUAUUAUGUAUAUGAAUACCAUUGUACUCAGUUCAUUUGUAUGUAAAGGGUCAUGUGUGUAUUUUUACUGAUGCACUGAAUAUAGUAACGAUGUCAUGAAAAACACUCCUGUAUUUUUCUUGUUUUUGUAUAUUUUGCAAAGAUUAAAUUGUUUUCUCUGAAAAGACACACUGCUUAUCAGUCUACAUUUUAUUUUUCAAACGCUUUUAUUUUUCUCUGUGCAUGGGGCAGGUGAGUCCAGGAUGCGUUAUUCAUCUAAGUACAAUAUGGAGAUUAUUCAUAUUUCUACAGUGCUUCUUUUUAUGUAAUAUCCUCCUGUUUUCGCCCUGGAUGUGUUGUACUGUUUAUAUCCUUACCGCUUGUAUAGAAUAGCAUUUAUUUUUUAUUCUGGAUAUAAAUAUUAUAACUGCUACUAAUUCAGGGCUACACUUCAUAGCUUUUGAAUUUCAAACACAAAACCUGCUGCUUAAUCAAAGCAUCCUGUGUCAUUGUUGCACUUCACAUCACACAUCAUCUUAUCUGGUCCGAUCAGGAGCCAGUCAUUGUGUUUGGACAGUGCCAGGGAGUUCAACAGUACUGGGGGCAAUGGAUUCUGUGUGAGACUCGAUCCUACUAUUGCCAAGCUGUAGAUGCAUCAAACGAAACAAAAUAAAAACUCUUCUCUGAUA